AUGUCAAAGCUGACCAAGAUCAAUCAUGCUGCCGGUAUCUUUGCGGACAUGUCCGUCGACGGGCCUGCUAUCGGCACCCUGGUCGCCAUUAUCGAUCGUGCAAAGAACUUACCUAACCGGAAGACGAUGGGAAAGCAAAAUCCUUACUGUGCAGCACGGCUAGGCAAAGAAGCAAAGAAAACACCCACAGAUCUCCGUGGUGGACAGACCCCAAAAUGGGACUACGAGCUGAGAUUCACAGUACACGAGUCUCCAGAUUACUUCAAACUCAAAGUUUCCAUCUUCAAUGACGACAAGAAGACGGAUCUGAUCGGAGAGACUUGGAUUGAUUUACAAAACUUGAUCAUUCCAGGAGGAAGCCAGAACGAUCACUGGCACCCUCUGCAAUGCCGUGGCAAGUAUGCCGGUGACGUUCGAAUCGAGAUGACCUACUACGACACCCGUCAACAAGACGAGGCAGUCAUCGUGAAGCGGAAGGAGGCAGCAGAGAAGGUACAAGGCAAGACCGUCAGCAGUGGCCCAACAUCUACGGGGCUGUCGGGACCACGGACGCUGGAAAAAGUGAAGAGACGUCCGCUGCCGACUGAUCCCUCUGGAGCUGCCACGCAUUCGGCUCCUGCACAUAGACCCUCCACGGUGGAACACACUCACUCAGCGCCUGCGGCGCCACAACAUCCUCAGCCAUCUCGCCCCGUGGCACGAGAACAACCGCAUAGCAUACCCGCGCCUACUCAGCUUCCUAGACCCGAUGCCACCACCUACGCACAAACUCAGCAUGAAAUUCCCCGCGGUAUGCCCACCUACAACCAAGUUGGUCCGAAUUCGAGGACGAGGGAAACUAAUGGCUCCAUCGAGCCAUAUUACCAAGACCAGUCUUCUAACCCGACACAACACGCUCAACCUAUGAAUACGACUCGAAACAACGUCCAAGAUCCUCGGAUGUCCGUCGAGUCGCCUUCUGCGCAUUACGAACCCCGUCAUGUAGCUCCUUCUCGCAGUCAUGGCGAUUCUGAUCAUGUCCCUCAAAGCUAUCGAUCGAUUCCAGAACCAUCACUGGAGCCAAUGAUUGCGCCUGAAAGAAUGACAUAUGACAGACAUGCACAGUCACACAACCUGCAGGGCUCUGCUGUUUCCCCGCAAUACACUGCGAACCCUAUGACAUUUGGUCACGUCUCAACCUUCACCCCGCACCAUUCAGCUUAUGUUGAAGAGCCCGCACCCCUCCAAUAUUCGCGGCCGACUUCAUCAUCUGGGCCAGUAGAUGACUUCAGGUACCAUCCGCGGGCUUUAAAGGCUCUUCCCGCCCCUCGGUCGGAUCCGUAUCACCCGGAAUAUGCUACAAUGCAACCGCGAGUAGAAGAUGAGGAAGAAGACGCUCUGCCACCACCUCCUCCAGUUCAUCGCUCCCGCAUGGCUCAACCGCCGUCCCCGACAAAACAACCUGUGCCUCACUCACAGCCACCUUACACCCCGUACAGUCCGGUGUACACAGAUAACCGAUCCCCCACCAUGCCCGCGAGCCUGGUGGCUGGAUAUGAGAGUGAAGAGCGUGAGCGCGUCUACGAGGGACACCUGAGCCGCAGAGGCAGUGCGAGUCAUCUCGAGGAUGAGAUGAUGAUUCCGCAGCCCUUGUCGGCAGCCAGUAGCUCUGCCAUGGUUCCGGUAGCUACUCCAUCGUAUGCGUCUGCAGCCGUUCCUUCGACCUACGACAACACAAUUUACCCCCUUCGAACGUCUCCGCAGCCCAUUGAUGACCGCGCCUCUACACGCCAUCGAGGCAUCUCGCAAACCUCCGAUUCCCGUAUGAUCACGCGGAAAUCGGUGAGCCCAGCGCCCCCGAUCUCUCGAGGCUCAUCUGUGCCAUUUUCUCCAGAUUCAUAUGAUUCCUUCAAUCCCCGAUCCUCUCGUUCAGGAGGCGGCUCUGAGCCUUUGCCGGCGUACGACACUCUAUCUCAGGCUCGAGAUACAGCCCUCCGCAGCCAGAUCGAGCCUCAUCGAGACUCCGAUCAGCCGAUCAUUGGAGAUGAUGGUCGCGAGAUCGAUCCGUCCGACCACCUUCCAACCGAUACCUGGGCUCCCGAGCCUGAGAGAAAGGGCCGGAAACCCGAAGUGAUCAUCCGAUUUAAACAUUCUCAACGUCCCACAUCUCGCGGUAACGAUACCGCUCGCCCUGCCGGGCCACCGCGUGUAGGGUUUCGCACCCCGGCCGAGCAUGACCGAGCGAGUAUUGCAUACACCCCGUCACAUGUUCACAAUCGCGAGCCUGUGGACCGGACCCCCCCUCGCGGCGAACGUAGCCAGGAGAGCUAUAGUAGCUACUCCAACGGUCGGGGUUAUGGCCAACCUUCCCCUGGAGAGCGACCACGCUCAUCCCGUGGCUCUGUGUCCCCUUCCCCGGGUUCUCGAUCUCCAUUGUACGACUACCAUACAGGGCCUCCUCUUCCAGCGAAGGUGCCAGUUUCCUAUGGAGCUCCUGAGUAUCCCGUGGUAGCUAACCAGGCGAUGACUGGGAACCCGGGCAUGGAUGCCCUCAGCCGCGAACUCAAGACUAUUGACAUUGGCUCUGUGGGUUGCAGCCCAAGCAGAGCCGUGCGCAAAUACGCACCCGCUCGACCCUCGGUGACCAUGGGAUAUGCUAGUUGA